AUGGCUGCUGGCGUACCCUGUGCGCUGGUCACCAGCUGCUCCUCCACCUUCACCGCAGACCGGCUGGUCCAGCGUGUAAACCGACAAGAAGCUCAGGAAUGGUGCAUCAAACAUGGCUUCGAAUUGGUAGAACUUAGUCCAGAGGAGUUGCCUGAGGAGGAUGAUGACUUCCCAGAAUCUACAGGAGUAAAGCGAAUUGUACAAGCCUUAAAUGCCAAUGUCUGGUCCAACGUAGUGAUGAAGAAUGAUAGGAACCAAGGCUUUAGUCUGCUCAACUCAUUGGCUGGAACAACCCAUAGCAUUGGGUCAUCAGAGACCUGUCACUCAGAGCAGCCCCAUUUGCCAGCAGCAGAUAGGACUGAAUCUGUCUCAGAUCAUCGGGGUGGUGCAUCUAACACAACAGAUGCCCAGGUUGAUAGCAUUGUGGAUCCUAUUUUAGAUCUGGAUAUUCAAGAAUUAGCCAGUCUCACUACUGGAGGAGGAGAUCUGGAGAAUUUUGAAAGACUAUUUUCAAAGUUAAAAGAAAUGAAAGAAAGGGCUGCGCCGCUCCCCCACGAGAAAAGGAAGUUGCAGGCAGAACAGGUGGCCAAAGCAUUCUGGAUGGCAAUUGGGGGAGACAGAGAUGAAAUUGAAGGUCUUUCAUCUGAUGAAGAGCACUAAAUUGUUCAUCCUAGGUUUUGACUAACAAAGAUGCUAGUUCUCUCAUCCUGAGAUAUUUCCCUACUCAACCCGGUUAUAUUUUGCUGAAAUCCCAUUAUCAUGUUGGCUGCCUAACUUAUUGAUAGGGUCCCCUUAAUUUUAGUUUUUAGUGGGUAAGGAGAAGUCUUUUCUCUCUCAGUAUAUUGUGAGGGUGUGAGGAGUACAAUGAUAGUAAUGAGUGAGAAUUUGGAUUUUCUCUGUUCAGGGAGCUUGUGGCUCUGAGCCAUGAUGCUUCUUUGGGGAAGAAAGGAGGCUGCUGCAGAUUUGGUUUGCGCUAUAGUAUAGGUGGGGCCAAAAUCAGUGGCCCACAGGUUAGUAUCCAACUAAAAAAAUGCUUCUGGGCAUUUCUUUUGAAGUUCACUGCUAGAAAGAAUUGAAAAGCCAGUGUGAAUUUUCAGACUAUAAUAAGUGAGGCAAAAAUUUCCUACUGUGAUGGGGAUGAAACAAACCCCGUUCCCGAGUUGUUGUGUGUGAGAAAGAGAGGAGAGA